AUGACAAUCCACCAACAUCCAGACUUUAUCCCUUAUCAAUACGUUGUAUAUGUUGAAGGCAAGGAGGAGCCAGAAGUUGUUCAAGUUGAAGGACAGGACGCCGUCUACAGCAAAAUUCCAGGUGGUGUGAAGUUUCACCAGGUUGUUAGGUUCAAGGUCAAGAAUAGAAAGAUGGAGAAUUUACGUUUUGUUCAAAUUACCAAAAAGGCUGGUAUCACAUUUAAGAAGAUUGAAGUAAACUUGGGCACUUAUGAACCAUCUGAAACUGAAAUUUACGAAGUAAAGACACCAGAGGAUCAAACCCCUGGGGGGUGGUUGACCAAGGGUAAAUAUCCUUGCACUACUACUUACUAUGAAGGCGAUAGGGAGUUGUACACCGAUGACUGGACAUUGGAAUUGGUUUAG